UUUGUGCCAUAAAAAUCUCAAGUUCUUACAUAAUUCCUUCUAUUUAUUAUGAGCAAAGAUAGUUCAGACGAUGAYGAGGAAUGCCCAGAGCUUGUGAAAGCGGAGAUCGUUCGUAUWCCAGUGACAAUAAUCACUGGGUAUUUGGGUGCGGGGAAGACCACGCUCCUCAAUUAUAUUUUAACAGAGSAACAUGAUAAAAAGAUUGCAGUCAUUCUCAAUGAAUUUGGAGAAGGCAGUGCAAUAGAGAAGUCAAUGUCUAUUGGUCAAGAAGGAGAGUUGUAUGAAGAAUGGCUUGAGCUUCGCAAUGGAUGCUUGUGCUGCUCAGUAAAGGACAAUGGCAUUAAAGCUAUUGAAAACUUAAUGCUGAAAAGAGGCAAGUUUGAUUAUAUUCUGCUGGAGACAACAGGCCUUGCUGACCCAGGACCUAUUGCAUCAAUGUUCUGGCUUGAUGAUGAGCUUGGUAGUGACCUCUGUCUAGAUGGUAUUGUAACAGUAGUAGAUGCCAAGUACUGUCUACAGCACCUUGAUGAGGCCAAAUGUGACGACCAAAUAAAUGAAGCAGUUAGACAGGCUGCCUUAGCAGAUGUAAUUAUUAUAAAUAAAUUAGACCUUGUAAAUAACGAAGAACUGGAGGUGCUGAAAUCAAGGUUACGGUCAAUAAAUGGAKUGGCGAAGUAUAUUGAGACGACCAAAUCAAGAGUCGAUCUUAACGAAGUCUUAGAUCUGCAUUCGUUUGACAAGGCUGAGAAGAAACGUGACUGGUGCCCGCUGGGAAGUCAUUUAGACCACGUGGAUGGAAGAUCACCUUACCAUAUUGACCAGGCAGUCACGACCGUCACGCUAGAUCUCCGUGGUAAUGUCACACAAGAUGCAUUGGAUACUUGGCUACAAGAAUUAUUAUGGGAGAAAAGUAUUAAAAGUUCAUCUGGAAAAGUUAUAGAUAUUCUACGCUUUAAGGGCGUGGUUUCCAUGGUGGGUCAGCAAGAGCGCGUGAUUGUGCAAGCUGUUCAUGAGCUGUUUGAUAAAACAUCCACAACGCCUUGGGACGAACAGGAAAAACGAACAAACCGACUUGUAUUCAUUGGUCGAAAUCUCGACGAAAAAGCACUGAAAGCAUCGUUUGAAGUGAUACUAAAACAGUGAACACUGAYUUGGUCGCCAUUUUCACAAGAAUCUGAUAAGAUGAGGAUAUCGGYUYUGAUUGGAUGCCCAGGUUGUGAUGUCAUCGUGUGUGACGGUCAAAAUAUGGUACAGUACUGCUGAACAUUAUUGGAAUUAUAAAACAGACUUUGCUUUGGAUUCUUUAUUUAAUCAUAGAAUAAAAAUAUUGCAUUUUA